AAUUCUAUAGCUCAUAUUGGAGUGUUAAUUGAAUGACGGCUGAACAGGUAACGCGCUCAUAAAGGUGGGCGAUCUUUGUUUAAGCUGUUGUAUGUUAAAGUACAUCACAGCGUGUGAGGGAUCGAGUGUUUGGUAGGAAGCGUGGGAGCGAGGGUGGUCCCGCGUCAGCAUCUGGCGCAACUCGUGAUGUGUGUGCUAUUAGCAAGUGAUACACACGAUAAUAGUCAAGGUCUACCAUGAAAUGUUGACGAGGAUUUGGUUUCAAUGAAUCAUUUUGGAUUUACACUAAUAUAUUUUCUCAAAACUUGACCACUAGCCUUGAACGCCCUCGGGAGUGACUUCCGGUGAUCGUGAGUGACCUGGCAGAGACAGGUUUCUCUGCCUGCCGUGAAAGAUGACGGUUCGGGAGGUUGUCUCCCCUGUAAAACUGCGGGACUGUCUUUCACGAUGUCGACAGUCCCGAAAGUUGGUGCUUAUCAUUGUGUUCAUCGCCUUGUUCCUAGACAAUAUGCUUUUGACGGUCGUUGUUCCAAUCAUUCCGAAUUUCAUACGAAAACUGGAGGCUCCAUUUCACAAGAUGAAUGUUUCAGUUUCGCAAGAUAAAUCUGAGAUAGUUUGUUCCAACAGUACCAACUUCACUCAGUCAUCAAAUCCCAUUCUGGACUCGGGAAGCCCCGGGUGGACAAGUUUUACAACAAUUUCAUCGUUUUAUGCCCAGACAACACCUGGUCCCUGGAUAUACUGUGAAAAUCGAACAAAAAACGCGAGAAAUAAAUCCUCAGAAAUUGUUGUCGUCGAGGAGGAAGUAUCGCGACAUGCUGAGUUAGCCAAUGAAAAUGUCAAAGUCGGAUUAUUAUUUGCAUCUAAAGCUUUGGUUCAACUACUGUUUAAUCCAUUUGUUGGAUCCCUUACUAACCGAAUAGGAUAUACAAUACCCAUGUUCACCGGAUUCUUUGUUGCGUUCGUAUCUACUAUCAUUUUUGCUUUCGGCGAGAGUUUCACAAUCUUGUUUAUAGCCAGAGCGGUCCAGGGCAUCGGCUCAUCAUGUUCAAGUGUUGCAGGUAUGGGCAUGCUAGCAGAACGUUACCAGGACGACAAAGAGAGAGGGAAUGCCAUGGGUAUCGCUCUCGGAGGCCUUGCAAUGGGAGUCCUUGUGGGACCGCCAUUUGGAGGAGUGAUGUACGAAUUCGCUGGCAAGGAAGCCCCUUUUCUCAUCCUUGCGUCUCUAGCGCUCAUCGACGGAGUGCUGCAAAUGUUUGUCUUUCAACCGUCCAUCAAGCCCGAGUCACAGGAUGGUACUUCACUGAAAGUUCUCAUGUCAGAUCCGUACAUCCUUAUAGCGGCCGGUUCGAUAACCUUUGCAAACAUGGGAAUAGCCAUGAUGGAACCGUCCUUGCCAAUAUGGAUGUAUGAGACGAUGAAUGCCCCUGAAUGGCAGCAAGGUGCAGCAUUUUUACCUGCUAGUAUUUCGUACCUGAUUGGCACCAACAUAUUUGGUCCUCUAGCACACAAAAUGGGCAGGUGGCUGAGUGCAUGUUUAGGAAUGGUGAUUAUCGGUGUAUGUCUCAUUGCGAUUCCAUUCUCAAAGAAUAUAUUUCACUUGAUAGCACCUAACUUCGGACUGGGAUUCGCAAUAGGCAUGGUGGACUCUUCCAUGAUGCCACACAUGGGUUAUCUGGUGGACCUACGUCACGUGUCCGUCUAUGGAAGUGUAUACGCAAUAGCGGAUGUUGCCUUCUGUCUUGGGUUUGCUGUUGGUCCUGCUCUUUCCGGGACGAUCGUGAAGGGGAUUGGUUUUCACUGGUUGCUGUGGAUGGUGGGUAUAAUCAAUAUACUCUAUGCACCAUUGUUGAUAUUUAUACGUAACCCUCCAAGUAAGGAAGAGAAAAUGUCGCUGAUCCUAAAUGACCAGUGCCCGAUCCAAUACGUCACGUACAACCAGACCACCAAGAGUAACCCGACAUCAGACGAUGAAGAUCCUUACUAUGAGGACUAUUGAACCUCACAAUCCAACAUAACUCCACGCCACGACAACGUUUAAAUCGUAAUUACCCUCGGACCAUUUACAUACAUUUCGAAAUACUACACGAUAAACAUGAACACAGUCUACGCAGAACUCAAGGCCUUGAGCAUUUCAUUCAUUUUUGAAAACCGUUAAUCACAAUCCGAUACCACCGAAUACAAGGCAUCAACACCUCCUUGAACAUAAGAAGUCAACAACGUCCAAUAGGUAUAUAAGGGAAGGACAAAUCAAGGUCACCCAAAGGGAGAUAUAUCAGAAACGUGUUGGAUAAGCAAAGGCAACGCCUAAAAUGGAACGUGAGGAUACCCUGGACAUAUUUGGCUAACGUCCGGAGCAAGUCAUAACAACUACGUUUUACACAGACCCAUCAAAACAUGAAAAUCAUUCAACACACCGAAACCAUCGCCUAGAUGAAGACAUAGACAAGUUAUUAUGAUAUGACAGAAACCCAUGGAAUGGAUCAUUAGAAUUGGCCAUGACACGAUUGUUGGUCUAAGCGACCGUUCUUCCAUAACAAAUCAACCAAUCAGAUGUCUGUCUUUCGCGAUAAUCCUCGGACAUGCCUAUUCUAACGUCACGGAAAAGCCCGUAUAGAUCCCACUACAAUUUCUGCUUAUAUAAUAUGUUGUAUUGUGUGUAUAUAAUGUCCUCGUACUUGCUAUACUGUCUGUAGUGUAUAAGAUAAUGAGGUCAUGUUAAUUGUGUAGAAAUUGUUUGUGAAGGACAGUUAAAGAUUAUCAGAUAUAUAUUUUAUUAAUAUGAAAACCGAAGAAAAAUAUAUCUUCGACACAUACUACUUAAACAAAUGUGUUUAUUCCUAUCUUAAUCUCCCUACCCUGUGAACUGCAUAAAUAAAUUGUGAGUCUCAUAUUCAAGACGAUUUCUCUGUGAUAGCAGCAGGCAUUAGAGAACGGUAGAGGUUGUGAAAGAAGUUCGUAUACAUGUUCUACAUUGUAAUGUUUGUAACUAUUAAAACUACUUACUGUAAAAAUAUACAUUUUCGUGGGGAAAUUAUUUUCGAUGGAUUAAUUGGCGCUCUGAUUCAAAGAAUUGAUAUGUUCAUCAACUUAUCAAUAAUUAAAUUUGACUUCAUUUUCAAUGUGAGUGGGUAAUAAUGGUACUUUAAAUCACAAACCGAGGAAGUAGUACUGUAAAGAAAAAAUACCACGAAAUUUGAACCCCACGAAAAUAUGUUAUCUAACAGUAUAAUAAUGAUAAAUUGUCAAUUACUGACAAAUAUUGGGACAUACCUUUAUGUACAUAGUAGAAGAAAGAAGUCAAUGGUGUCCUUCGUGCUACUUAGAUUAUAAUAUAUAUCAUUGUGUAAAAUAACACAUGUGCAUUAUGAUAUUUGUGAUAUUAGAAUAUAUAUUAUUUGUGAGCUAUACGUAUGUUGUAUAUCAUCAUAAAAAUUGAAGUACGUUGUUUCCAUUGACGUUCAAAAAGGACAUGGUUGAUGUAAAAUAAUAAGGUAUAUGUAGAUACUGUAGUAGAUUAAAUAUGUAUGUAAAUCACUGUUCAUCACAAUGAUUUCAUAUUAUGCUUAUGUUCGUGUAAGCUUACAAUUACACAACUACAUUUCUCAUACACUUUAUCUUACGCCAUGUUAAAUACAAGUAAAAUAUACUGACAAUUUCCCUUUUGCAAUAUUUAUUCUUUAUAAUCUAUUUAGAUAAUUUUCAUUAUAGAUAUUUACAAACUUAAAAAAGCAUUACGUUUUCACGAAAAAUUAUGUAAUUAACGUAAUAUUUAUAAGAUAUUUGUAUAUGAUAUGAAAAUAUCAUAUGUCCACGUAUGUAUUUGAGAAUGAAAGAUUUGAAAAAAAAAAAUGGAAAUAAGGCCACAACGUCUCAAGCUUUCUAUAUGUCCUAGCAAUUGCAUGGCUUAUUUUUUUUUUAAAUUAAUUUCAUUAAUAUAAAAAAAGGAAUAUGCAUUCUGAGAAUGCGGGUUACGAUUCUUUUGGUUAAGAACAAUAUUACUGUAUCAUUUUGAUAAAACUUGUUUGUGAAACUUUUUAAAACAUACAUAUGAAUUCAUGAAAUAAAGCCUCUAUGGAUGCAAGUGUAUUUUUCUAAAGCAAUAAAUUAAUUUACUUCAAACCUUAAUUUCUAACGAUAUUUGUGAUUGUAUCAUGGUAAAUACUUGUGCAUAGUUUGAUGAACAUUUUCAUAUUUCUGAUGGAACAUUUCUAAUUAAAUACAUAGAACCACCUCUCAAAAGAAAAUGAUUAUUUGCCAAAUGUAUUUACGCAAAGUUACAUAGAUAUAUCGCAAUUAUGUUAAUAACAAUAUUGUGCAUAAUGUUUGAAAGAAUAUCGAUACAGAAUAAGUUAUAUUUCCCUCUAUUUUGUUUACGUAUUUACGUAUAAUCCAUUUCAUAUGACUACGAAAUUAUAAAACAUAAGCUAUGAGGCAAAACAGCAAAACUUCAAAAAAUUAGACAAAAAUGUGUUUUAUGUUCCCUUGCUUGGCAUGGAAAUUGAUUGAGCAAACGUUACGUGCACAAAUGAUGCAUUUUUUUGUAUAUGUCAAUAUACAAACAAGUGACACUGAAUAGUAUAUUACGGUCACACCUUAUAUUUCCUGAAUUUGUUUCUCCAUGCAGGGUUUAGAAUUUACAAGCUUUAUACAAAUUACUAACAACUAGAAAAUGUAUAGUAUAACGGGCAAUAGUCUUGACAAUUGCGUAUAGAGGGAUUUUUUUCCGUUUUCUGAGAAACAUCACAGUCUGUAUAUAUGAAUUCUAUAAUGACCGCGAGCUUUAGAAUUUGGUCCAGGUCCCUUCGCCAAAAAUAUAAUUCACGCCAGCUAAAAUAAGAAGGGGUGAUUAUUUGCAUUUAUUUACAUAACAUAAAGGCACUUAUUAGUAAGUUAUGCAAAUAUUAGCUUCAUUUCCGUUAGAGAAUGGAUGGCUGACCAUUGGUUUGUAUUUUGAACGUAGAUCUGAUACUGGUGUUUUGAUAAAAUGACAUAAUGCAAUCUAUCAAACAUGUUUAACCAACUCAAUAGCAAGGCAUCAAGACAAAUAUUAGGACUUUUUUUAACAUGUAUUUUAAAGUUAAUACUGAAAAGCAUAAUGUUCUUUUUUUAAUUCAAAUCCUUUCGAAAUAUCAUCUUAAAAUUUGGAUAUUCGUUGAUAGUGCAUUCUGUUAGAUUUACCAUGGCAUUCAUCCAAUCAACGUCGUUGCCACGUUUUUAAAGUGUCAUUAGUCUGUCAUUUCUAUUCAUAAAAUAAAUAUAGUACUGCAAACUAACUUAUUUUCGCGACGGCUUAAUUUCGCGGUUUUAUGUCAAACUUUUUCGCGGCGAUUGAAUUUCGCGAUUUAUAGUCAUAAAAGCUACAUGUAAUGUACAUGUGAUUGAAACUGUUAAGCGGUUAUUAUUUUUUUGCGAAUUAGGCGAAAAAUGUAUUGCUCGCGAAAAUAAGUUGGUUUACAAUAUUUUCUUUUUACUGUUAUAAGGGAACAACUAAAAAUAUCAACAAUCAGUUCAUGGUAUUUUAAGUACAAAACAAACUAAACAUAGCAUAUACAAGUCUUUAUUAAUGAUCUAUAUUUUAAAGAAAUGUGUCCGAAUUUAUUAGAAAGAUAUUGUGUUACCUCUGUUAUCGAAAUGAAUUUAUAUUCCUACAAUGUUUCAGUAUAUACUGUUGUCACAUGUACGUAAUCACACAUCAUCGGGUACCCACGACCAAUAGCACUAUACGCUACACAUAUCUCCGUUUGGUAAGCGUAGUGUAGAGCAGUGCAACCGGCCAUGAGUAUCCGACGAUGGUAAAUACAAAAAAAAAAACAUUUUGGAAAGAUUCUUCUGAACUAAAGGCGGAACAAUGUUUCUCAUGUAUUCCUUUCUAAAAUCAUUAACCACACAGCAACUAUUUUAAUCAUGGUUUUGAAAAAAGAAAAAGGAUGAAGAUUAAUUAUUUGAACAUACAAAUGAAUAAGCAUUAUUAUAAUCGUCAUUAUGACACCAUGACUUAUAACGCAGAAGAAAGAGGCAGUAAAUAUAUUCCAUUUAGAAAUAUAUGCAGUAUGUCGACAGAUUUGUAUAUAUUUAGACGUAUCUGUAAUUGUAUUGUCAAGUAUGUGUAUCAUGGACAAUAAACAGAGUUUGUAUAUUUAUGGUGAUACUCGGAAACUGUUACUGUUUACAAUAUGUGAUAUGUGUUCAAAACGUUAUUACAUGUGUAGUGUGUGUCAAACGUCAUUGUGACGUAUCGAUAAUCUGUGUAAAUAGUAUAUGUAGUGCGUGCUGAAUUUCACUGUGACAUGUUCAUAAAAAGUGCUUAUGAAUAGUAUUUGUAAAGUGUGCUAUACGCGUCAUUAUACCAUGUCAUUGUUAUGUUGAGAUAAUUAUUAUGAUAUAUUCGAGAGGACGAGAUAUCGGAUAAGGAAGAAAGAGAUGUAUAGUUGAAUGAAAACGAAGUUUCAGAGAGUAUUGUUUCUGCUUUAGCUAAAGAACAGAUAUUGUAUUGUAUCCCUAGACUGGGAUUUAUGACAUAAAAUAUUGUUUAUGUACAUGUAUAUAGAUUAGUAAAGGGAGGAAAGUCGUAUUAAACUGUAAUUUGGCGCCGA